AUGACUCAAGUGCCUCAAAGGCUAGGAAAUCUGCGCUGCAACGCCUCUCUACCCACCUCUGGGAAUAAUCUCCUCCAGCAUGGAGUCUCCAUCUCCAACUCUGAGAGUAUGCGACUACAGGAAGUGGAAAUCCAGUACCUAGAAGACACCUUCCGUAAUCAGGUUGUUAAUAGCUCCUCCAAGCCCUCAAGUUCUAGAAUCCCAGCCUCGGAACGCUUGUCUCUCCCCGCGCUUCUCUCCUCCUCCCCUAUUAGGACCCUAAGUGAGGACCAGCUGCAUGUCUCCCUCCGCCUGGGAGGCCUCCCGGAGUCGGACCCAGUGGAGGACGUUCCUCCAAUGGCUGCUCAGAAAAAGAGACGAGGUAGACUGCCAAGCUCAGCUAAGUCUCAGGUGAUACCAAAAGCUCCACCAAAGGCAGCAACAAAGAAUCCGGCGUCUAAUAAGAGGGUUAAUUGCACCAGUAUACAAGGAGUGAGCCUCAAGAAACGUCGAGUGUCAAAAGUCCAAAGCUCUCCUUGCAACAGGCACCCUGGUGGCUCAGGAUCUCCCUACUCCAGCUCGUCUUAUACCGGCAACAAGCAAGCGUGUGGUGGAUUUUCGGACUCCACCAAACGCUCUUCCUUAGCGUGUGUAAGCUGGAACUGUCAGGGAAUUGGAAACACCCCUACAGUUCGACGUCUCAAGGGAAUUCGAAAACAUCUUUCCCCCGACAUUGUGUUUCUUAUGGAGACUAAACAACAAGAUGAAGCUAUUUUCAAUCUUUUCAAACGCACUGAUUAUACUAAUCACUUCACUGUCCCCCCUGUCAGGCUUAGUGAAGGACUCUCCUUGUCUUGGAAAGAUGAUGUUGAUAUAGAAAUUUUGGAUUCUUCUCCCAACUUGAUUGACACUCAGAUAACCUCAAAACAGAACUCUUUCUUUGUUACUUUCGUGUAUGGAGCUCCACGACAUGAAGAAAGGGCCGCUUUCUGGGAACGCCUAAUGAUCCUGAGUGCUCAACAUGACGAGGCAUGGCUCCUCACUGGUGACUUUAAUGACUUACUCGACAACUCCGAAAAGGAAGGCAUGCCUUUGCUGGGAGGGCUCCUUCCUCUCCUUCCGGAACUUUGUAUCUCAGUCGGGUCUAUGGGAUGUUCAGCAUACAUGAAAUGCCCUUUCCUGGCGCGGUGUCCGGUAUAG